UGAUGUUCCACGAUUCCAGGAGACCAUGUUCACGAUCUGCCGGAAACCCAGAUUAUUGAUCCGUCCACUCGAGCGCAUCCUACCGUCUCCCCGCCAUCAUGCCUUAAUAACCUCCGCGGGGUUGCGCUAUACUCCCAUCCGAACCCAGACGACCACCACGCCGCUCCCCCCGCACCAAUUCCCUACAUCAGGCUUCACGACGCUUGAUCCGUCGGAGACGUUGGAAGAAGAGCAGCUCCCCUACUACGAACCGAAACACUUCUACCCAGUCCGCCUCGGCGAGGUUUUCGCGAGCCGAUACCAGGUCGUCGCUAAGCUCGGCUACGGCACCUCUUCGACCGUUUGGCUUUGUCGAGAUCUUCUGACCCAUGGAUACCGCACCCUGAAGGUAUGCGCGCAGGGCCACGAUCCCGCGCACGAGGUCGCUGUCUCCGAGCACCUCCGCAACACGCCGGACCACGCAGGGAAGGCUCUCGUGCGGCUGGUGCUGAAAUCCUUCGUGAUCGCCGGCCCCCACGGGCAGCACCGGUGCCUGGUGUACAAGGCGUGCGGGAUGAACAUGACCAAGUACAUGAACGGGUGCACGCUGCCCACGGAGCUGGGCCAACGGAGUCUGCAACUGACCCUGAUUGCGCUGUCGUUUCUCCACGCGCACCAGACCGUUCACACCGACGUAUCCCCCAACAACAUCCUCCAGAAGAUCGACGAUAGCUCCGUACUGGCCGCCCUCGAAGAGGACGAGAUGACGCAGCCGAUCGCCCGGAAGGUCCUGGACGACCGGACCAUCUACCGCUCGCGAGCCAUGCCCGCAUGCGAAGGGCUGCCGGUCCUCUCGGACCUCGGGGAGGCGCGAUGCGGCCACGAGCGGUAUCAGGGCGAUAUCAUGCCGGGCAUCUACCGCGCGCCGGAGGUUAUUAUGGGGAUGGAGUGGGAUUGCAAGGUGGAUGUUUGGUCCAUUGGUGUGAUGGCCUGGGACUUCACGCAAGACGAGCACCUCUUCUCCGGAAAAACCCACGGGGUCCUCUGCAACGAGCAACAUCUCGCCGAGCUGGUCUCGCUGAUGGGGCCUCCACCGCCGGAAUUCGUCAAGAGGUGCAGUAACAGCAGCAGCAAGUGUGCCAGAUUCUUCGAUGAACGAGGCAACUGGAAGGGCUCCAUCCGCAUCCCCCGCCAAUCCCUGGCCCAACGAAUCCAGCACUUCCAGGGCGCCGACAAGACACUCUUCCUGAACUUCCUCCGGCGCGUCUUUCGGUGGUUGCCGGAGGAGCGCCCCUCCGCGGAGGACCUGGCUCACGAUGAGUUUCUGAUGCAGCCGAUUCUGGCGGCGAGGGAACAGAAGUAGUGCUGGGGGGUAAAUGCGAAUCAUGUCGUUAGAUAGACUAAUCAAUUCGAGCG